AUGACCGGGAACAUUUUGUCAGCCAGAGCUGUUUUUGUUACCAUGACGUUAUUUAACACUUUACGCACCUGUAUCACUUAUAAUGUGCCUAAGGACAUCCCAUACCAUACUCUCGAUAAUAUCUCUGCCCACUUAAAGCCUGGCGAUCUACUGGCAAUAAUAGGAACGGUAGGUUCCGGAAAGAGUUCAUUUCUAAUGACUUUACUUCGAGAGCUACCGGUGCUAAAAGGGGGCAUACAUGUCACGGGCACCGUUGGCUAUGCCUCUCAAGAGGCCUGGAUAUUCAAUAAUAACGUCAGAAAUAAUAUACUAUUUGGCAUGAAUUACGACGAGAAAAGAUAUUCAAGAAUAAUAGAGGUGUGCGCAUUGGAAACCCUAGAUGUUCAUGAUGAUAUCAUACUAAUGGACGACCCGUUAAGCGCUGUUGACAGCGUUGUAGCCGAGCAUAUAUUUGAUAAAUGCAUAUGCGAGUACCUAGCUGACAAAAUUCGAAUAUUAGUCACCCAUCAAAUUCAAUUUGUGCGUAAAGCCACGCAAAUACUGGUGCUCAACGAGGGUCGAUGUAUAGGUAUGGGGACGUACAACCAACUCCAGAACCAGGGUCUUGAUAUUAUGCAAAUUGAAUCGGUUACCCUUACCAAGCUACUCAUCAAUAAUAAUCAUAAGCGUAAUUAUUCUGGCAAUCCUAAAUUAAUGGCCGAACACCGAGAUGUUGGUUCGAUUAAGAGUCAUGUGUAUUGGGAGUAUAUUAAAUCAGGUGCCGGUCCAAUAUUAUUUACCUUGGCAACUUUGUCCACAAUGCUAUCUCAGGCUAUAUACCACGGUUCAGAUAUAUGGCUGGCCAACUGGUACGCGACGGACCGGAACCAAAGGGAUGACCAGGAUACAAACGACCAGAAUCGGGGUAUCAUUAUAUACGCGACAUUUAUUGGUGCGUUAUUUGUGACGGCACUCAUGCGGUCGACCACGUUCUUUGCGAUGUGUAUGCGGGCGUCCAUUAACCUACACAACAAUAUAUUUAAUUGGCUAUUAAGGGCACCUAUGACCGUGUUUGAUAAUUAUCCAAUUGCCCGGAGCCCUAUAUACUCGCACGUGAGCACCACCCUACAUGGUUUAUCGAGUAUACGUGCGUACGGUGCUCAACAAACGUUUGAAAACCAAUUGUACGUGUACCUUGAUGACCACAGUGCCACCUGGUUCCUAUUUAUAUGCGCAUCGCGAUCACUGGGAAUGGUAGUGGACUGGCUGUGUGUCCUAUAUUUGGUGACCAUUUCGGUGGUGUUAAUGUCAUUCCCUGAUAGUGUAUCGGCUGGUAGUGCUGGACUUGCAUUCUCAUCCGUACUGGCGCUCGUACAUAUGACACAAUGGAGUGUCCGACAGACUACGGAACUGGAGUCCCAAAUGACUUCUGUCGAGCGUAUCGUUGAGUACUCGAAACUACCACAGGAGGCGCCACUAGUCUCACCACCAAAUGACCCCUACCUUAAAUCACCCCCACCUGAUUGGCCACCUAAUGGGCAAAUAAUGUUUAAAAAUGUCAACCUAAUCUACCAGACCUCAAAUACACCGGUGCUAAAAAACAUGUCAUUCACAAUUAAGCCUCGGGAAAAAGUGGGUAUAGUGGGACGUACCGGUGCGGGUAAAUCGUCCCUUAUAUCAGCCCUGUUUCGUAUGACUGAACCUACAGGUGUGGUAGAGGUGGAUGGGGUCGACACGAAAAGUAUAGGUCUUAACGAAUUACGUCAACGUAUUUCGAUUAUACCGCAGGAACCGGUAGUUUUCACGGGACCGAUACGUCGUAAUCUCGACCCGUUUGCUGAGUUUACAGACAGUCAGAUUUGGGAUGCCUUGGAUGAGACACAGUUAAGACAUACCGUGAAUGAACUACCCGGCCUAUUAGAUGGUGAACUCAGAGAGGGAGGAGGCAAUUUGAGUGUAGGCCAGAGGCAAUUAGUGUGUUUGGCCAGGGCGAUUUUAAGGGAUAAUAAGAUACUGGUGCUCGAUGAGGCAACGGCUAAUGUGGACGUACACACCGAUGAACUCAUUCAACAGACCAUAAGACAUAAGUUCGCAAACUGUACGGUACUUACGAUCGCACACCGGCUCAACACGAUUAUCGAUUGCGACCGCGUUUUGGUACUGGACGCGGGUGAGAUAAAAGAGUUCGACGCGCCGUAUGUUUUACUGCAACGAAAGGCAUAUUUCUAUGACAUGUGCCGUAAGACCGGUCGCGAGAUGUGCAACCAUUUGAUACAAAUGGCUAAAGAGGCACAUCUCAGACGAUAUAACACUAUGGAUGUGGAGGGGAGGGCCAGUAGUUUUAUUUAA